AUGGUGAAAAAAAGAGAAUCUAAAGAAGACACUGGUCCUCAAAAUGAAAGGGAGGCAUAUGAGUUGUUUAAGACAGCAUUCUCCAUGGAUGAAGAUGGUCCAAAUCAGACGAAUGAAAGUGAGGUGGAGCCAAAUGAUGGUGAUGAAGCAGCAGAGGAAACUGAGUUUAGGAAAAAGUUAAGAGACGCUGAAACGCCAUUGUACUCGGAUUGUAUCAAACACACGAAGGUUUCAGCAAUCAUGGGACUUUACAGAUUCAAGGAUAUGCUACCUGAAAACAAUGUGCUUCCAAAGAGUAUGGAUGCAAUCAAGAAAUUUUUGAAGAUAUUUGGUUUCGGCUAUGACAAUAUUCAUGCUUGCAUGAACGAUUGCAUACUAUAUAGGAAGAAUUUUGAAAAACUAGAAAGCUGUCCAAGAUGCAAAGUUUUAAGAUGGGAGAAGGAUAAGCACAGCAAUGAGAUAAAGGUUGGGAUCCCAGCUAAGGUCCUUCGAUAUUUUCCAAUCAAGGAUAGAUUUAGGAGGAUGGCUGAAGAUCUGUGUUGGCACUAUACCAAUGCCACUGAAGAUGAUGGGAUGAACCCUUUCUCCAUGCAAAACACCAAUCACAGCACAUGGCCAGUGUUGUUAGUGAACUACAACACGCCUCCAACGAUGUGCAUGAAGGCUGAGAAUAUAAUGUUGACAUUGCUGAUCCCUGGUCCAACAGCUCCUGGUAAUAACAUAGAUGUCUACUUAGCACCAUUAAUAGAUGAUCUGAAAGAUUUGUGGGCUGAGGGUAUUGAAGUCUAUGACUCAUUUCGAAGAAGAAUUUCACACUUAGAGCCUUACUGCUUUGGAGUAUCAGAUACACCUUCUAGGUGGCUUAAGUUCAGCCGCAAGUUUGUCUACAUGGGAAAUAGAAAGAGACUACCGCCUGACCAUCGUUACAUAUAUAAAAAAGCUUGGUUCGACAACACAGUGGAGGAAGGGAAUGCGAGUAGGAUACAAAUUGGCACUGAGAUAUAUGUGACAUUACAAGCUUUUAGGAAUGAUUUUGGAAGACAUCUAGAUAAGGAGAAAAAAAGGAGAAGACUAGAGUUGGAAGAUGAUGAGAUGGAUAUGCAUGUUCGUCAUAAUAUUGACGUUAUGCACGUUGAAAAGAAUGUGUCGGAUGCUAUACUGUCUAUCUUGAUGCAAAGUUCGAAGUCAAAAGAUGGUUUAAAAGCAAGAAAAGACUUAGCAGAUAUUGGAAUCAGAAGUCACUUGCACACAGAGGUUAGGGGUUCGAAAACAUACUUACCUCCAGCAUCGUAUUGGCUAUCCAAGAAAGAGAAGACCAUUUUCUGCAAAAGUUACCCUCCUAAUAUAGGUAGUUUAAAGUCGCAUGAUCAUCACGUGCUAGUACAGAACUUGUUACGAGCUGCAUUAAGAGGGUUGUUGAAUAGUGGUCCUAGGAUUGCCAUUAACAGAUUAUGCAGUUACUUUAACAGGUUGUGCCAACGCAUCAUUGACCCGGAGAAACUUAUAUUAAUAGAGACAGAGUUUGUGGAAACAAUGUGUCAACUGGAGCGCUUCUUCUCUCCAUCUCUUUUUGAUAUCAUGUUCCACCUUCCAAUACAUCUCUCAAAAGAGGUACACUUGGGAGGACCAGUUCACUUCUGCUGGAUGUAUCCAUCUGAAAGGUACAUGAAAACACUAAAGGCCUUUGUUAAGAAUUAUGCAAGGCCAGAAGCAUGUAUGGCUGAGGGGUAUUUAGCUGGAGAAUGUGUUGCAUUUUGUUUAGAGUUCCUUCAAGAUUCAGUACAAGUUCAAGAACCAGUUAAUCGUAAUGAAGAUAUUGAGGCUGAUAGAGUCGUGGUUGAAGGUCGACCUCUGCAGAAGGGAGUAGAGGUUACCCUUUCAGAUAAAGAUAGAGACAUUGCUCAUCGCUAUGUGCUAAUGAACAUGGCAUCUAUGGAUCCCUAUGUUAAGUAA